GGCGGUCAGGGCGGCGAGCGGGCCCGACGUGCGCGGAGAGGGCGAUGGUGGUUUCUUUUCUGUGCCUGGGAUCUUGCCCGGAACAGGAGGAGUGUCAUGUGAAAGCUUAAAAUUUUCACGUGAAAACAGAAAAUGGCUUCAAGAGGAACAACAGAGACCAGUAAACUAAAACAAAACUUGGAAGAGCAAUUGGAUAGAUUAGUGCAGCAGCUUCAAGAUCUGGAGGAAUGCAGAGAGGAGCUAGAUGCAGAUGAGUAUGAAGAGACCAAAAAAGAAACUCUAGAGCAGCUGAGUGAGAUCAAUGACUCCCUGAAGAAGAUUAUGUCUGGAGAUAUGACUUUGGUGGAUGAGCUCAGUGGGAUGCAACUGGCAAUACAAGCAGCCAUCAGUCAAGCAUUUAAAACUCCAGAAGUAAUUAGAAUGUUUGCAAAGAAGCAACCAAGGCAAUUAAGGACAAGGUUGGCAGAGAUGGACAGAGACUUAAUGGUUGGGAAGUUGGGACGAGACCUGUACACACAGCAGAAAGUAGAGAUCCUGACUGCCCUCAGGAAGCUUGGUGAGAAGCUCACUCCAGAUGAGGAAAUGUUCUUGUCAGCAAAUGCUGGUGCAGCUCUGAGCCAGUUUGAGAGAGUCUCCACUGACCUUGGAUCAGGAGACAAAGUCUUUGCUCUAGCAAGUUUUGAAGUAGAAAAAGCAAAACAAUGAAGAGGUGCGUGAGGCUUGUGUGUCUCCAGUUCUCAGCAGCAUUGGACUUCUGUCAUAGUGCAUUUGUUUUUCCUGUUUCUAACAUGUGGGGGGAAAAAAAAAGAAAAACAAAACAAAAAAAGCCCAAACGCUAAACCUCUUGGGUUCUUAACCAGAAGGUAUGAAGUAAACAUCCUUAAGUGCACUUCGGAACCUUAGUGUCUGUACCCCUUAGUAAUACAAGCUCUGAGGGUACUCUUAAAAACAAAAGCAUCAUGUGACUGUCUUUGAAAGAAUCAGCUGUUCCGAGCUUUUCUGAAUGUGUAUUUCUCUAACUAUUAAAAAGUUAUCUUUUUGCA